GCUUUCUUGUUGGUAAUAAAGGUACUACUCCAUAGUAGAUUGAAAUAUCACUCAGUGUGGCUAGAACAAACACUUUCGACAAUUGAUGAAAGACCAUGGCCAUUUUUUGGGUUAAUUUCCGCUUUAGAAAAAUUGUUCUACCUGAAGAAAAAAUACAAAAUUCUGCAAUUUAACAUGAAAGUCCCUUAGUCGGUGCACCCGGUGCACUUUCUAGCUUGUUCUCCGGCUGCUCUCCACCAAACCAACCGUCAAUUCGUCCCAUUGAUAAUUUUAACAUGAAUAAGACUUAUGUACCCGUUGCGAUGUCCAUGCACCAUCCCUCUUGAUCGUCGCUUGUCAUUCUGGCAUUUGUGUCGCUGCCGCGGAUGUAAGAUUUAUGGUGUGAAAAUCCAAUGCGUCCAUGCAGCGACUUUCCAAUGGUGCAACAUUUGGCGUUAUAGUGGUUGGCAUAAAAGAAUGGGUGGCGAUGCUUGUAGGAGAAAUAGAUCCGUUGUACUUGGCGCUGUCGGCAGAGGCAGAGUGCAAGGCAGCAAUUGCAGAAGCAGUUGAGGCAGCAGCAGCCGAAGCUGUUGCACUAACGAGAUCUGUGAAGGGUUCCAGCAAUGAUGGACGAUCCGGAUCGACUGCAUCUAUCGUAGGUAGGGAAGGUACUCUUGAUGGUGCGGGCGUCGUGCUUACAAUGGGUUCGGUCGUAUAACCGGGUGUGACAUAUUUGGAGGCUAAUUGGAGGAGGCUCGACGCGGGAUUGAACUCUUCGAGUAGUUUCAGCUUUACAUUAAUUGUAAGCUCUCGAGUUGGAACCAUAGGGUGAAAGCUCAUCCCUUCAAAUGAGACCUUUUCUAGUCCUUCUUUUGAUCGUCCAACGAUGGUUGAAUUUUGCUGUCCAUAGUUCGGUGGUGACUUCAUGCCGUACAGAAUAGACCCGUCAGCAGUAGCAUUAGAAGAUGCUGCUCCGGUGUCUGCUGGUGGCGGUAUGGCACUGCGAGGUUUUGCCUCCAGCGAGAUAUUAUGAACACAAUCAUUGGUUUGGUCCAAAAUGUCUGUAUGCUGUAAACUCCCAACAAUGGUAGAGCCAGUUUCCUGGUCUUCUUGUUUCAUCAGAGAGCCUGUAGAGACUACCGGUAGAAUACUUGUAGACAAAUCCGGGGACGGUUUGGUACCAAAACCGUCAGUAGUAGAAAUGUCGGGGGGAGCAGGAGAGUUACCGACGGACGUAGUGCUGGUGGUCGUCAUCUUGAUAGUAGUUGUAGUAGUUGUCGUAAUGUUGGUUCCUCCGUUCCCGAAUUCCUGGUGCUGAAUCUGCUGCUGCUGCUGUUGUUGCUGCUGCUGCUCUCUCUGUCUUUGGUUCUGCCUUUCUACAAGCCGUGCAAGGUUUCGUGGUUUGUAGCCAACUGGCUUCAUUUGACGAACAAGAUCAGCUUGACCUCGUCUCAACUUAUCAUGAAACCGCAACCCCUUGUUUGGGCCAACCGUCACUCGCUGAAAGCCAUAAAGAGACAACUGGAGUGGAAUUCGCGAGGGUGUAGGAAAUCAGUUACAAAAAAUUCAGAAUUCAUUUGUUGUGAGCGACGAAAUGAAAACGGGGAUAGUCAUUUUACUUGGAACAGACGCUAACUUCUCACCUGUCGCUGGAAGGACUUGUACUUCGUGAGAUUGAAAUAGAGAGGAACAAUGUCGUCCGUAAAUUUAUCCUUAUCGUGAACCAUAAAGCCGGUGCCAGCCGGAUUCCAUGAAAUAAGAUGAGAAAAUUUCUUUGGAUCCGCGUCUUGCAGCAUUUCGUAAACUUUGACAGGAAAUGGUUGACGAGAUUCUUUUGCAUUUGCAUCGAUCGCUUUCUUGGACGCCGAUGAUGGCUCAUUAGAAUCAACUAAUGGGUUGCUUGCUACACUUGGCGCGAUAAUGCUACUUCUACAAAUGGUCAUUGGAACAGCAGCGCUUGUACCAACGGCAAGCGUAGCCAUCGCUGCGACUUGUUCGUAUUCGUAUUUGCUAGUGUCCAUAGGAGCAGCACAAACGGGAGCGGGAAUAGUAGGCUCUGCUGGCUGCUGUUGCUCUUGCAGAUUUUUCAUAGUUUUGAUGUUUUAUUCGAUAAAAUUCCAAUCGGGUGUUCUUCGCACAAUCAUUCAGUAGCAUUUCAGAUACCCUUGAUGAUAAUGCUUGCGCCUUCCAAAUAACAGUAGUUUACUGUUAUAAUGAGUUCUUUGGAAUUGAAGUCAAGUAAAUUUUUGUAAGUGCAAUGCUGAAAGUUUGUACCGUACCGCAGAUAAAUGACACCGCAAAAUGACGGUGAUCGAUGGCGGGCGAGGUUGAUGUUUAAUGAUGAUGAACUGUUUCGUAGUGUGUCUUCCGUUUAUUUUCCUGAUUGGAGGGUUUUUGUUUUGUGUUUUCUUACGAAAAGCCUUCCGCACUAUCACUACCAGGAAAACAUGGAAUAGAUUCCUCCUCGAGUGAGGCAAUCAAACCCAACCAUAUUCUAAUUUAUUCUCACUAAUAAUCGGCAUUAGAUGACCUCCUGAAGUUUUUUCUAGAAUGUUCUGUAAAAUCCCUUAAGCCCGUCAUUGCCCGGGAUGGAAUUUCAUGACGUCGCGUUUUGAAAGACACUACUUCCAGCAGCUGCUCAUUCUUCAAAAGCCAUCAACAACCACCCAAAUCGUCCAAAAUGUAAAGCAGCUGCUUCCAGGAAACAAAAUUGUGGUUCGCAAUUAAUUGCUUCAAAAAGAAGAACUGUUCUCUGUUCGCACGACUAAGGAAAUCGUCUCACAACCAUCUGUUAUCGCCGAACAAAAAUGUUUCCAGCAGAGAAAAGAACUUCCUUGGUUUGGAGUAAAGAAAUGAGGAUGUUUCGAGAAUAGUUAGGAAUGGCAACAGGGCACGCGUUUUUCGCUUAGGCCUACGAUAGUCCUCCCACUGAUGGACCAUGCAAUUCUAUCCGUUUUUGAAAAUGCAAGAACAACUUUUCAAAAAAAUGUGGCAGUAGUCGGCGGCAUUCUCACUAGUGCCGGGCCAGCCACUAAUUCAAGCUGAUGUGUACUAUAAAUGAGCAUGUAAAAAGACAAGGACCACACAAUUGUAGCCUGCUCGUGCUUCCAUCAAUCACAGAGCGCUAUUUCCAUUCCAUCCGUUGCACAACUGAUCGUACAGUUGGAUUCCACUGGCCGCAAUUGUGCAAAUACUGCAGCCGGAAUGGAAAAGAAUCUUUGUAAUUGCAUUCCAUUAGGUGAUUUUCAUUAGUUCAUAGUGUUACUGCUGGAACGUAAAUGAAUCUCCUCGUACGCAUUUCAAACAUCUCAAUCAAUGGAUAUCAAGUACCGUACCGAAGGAAUACUGUCACACGCAUCCCACAUAACUUCGUCCUAUUCCGUACUUCGUUUCAUUCCCGAGCUUGCAGUUGCAAUUGACAAGUCCUUCGUGCUUCACUCCAUUCUUGAUCGCACAGUUGCACUUCAAUAGUCGUAAUUCAAUAAAUGUUCUACAUGUGGAAGGUAAAUGAACCUUUCGCGUGUUUGAACCACCCCAACCGUGAUCAAAAUGCUCAUGAUCACAGUGAAAAUACUGCUAAUGAUCAACAAUGUUAAGAAAUCUCUGGAGACGCGGUGCUGAUACAGUACCAGGGAGGAUAAGAAACAAGAAAGCUGUUCGCGAUGUCACGUAAUCUGUUCGCCUCGGAUUUACCCUAACUUGAGGUCGACGAAACAAAAAUGAAAAUUAAAUUUUGUUCCGACAUUCAUAAUACUUUUGUUAAUAAUAGUUAUGUGUUACUGUAAUACUGAUCAACCUAUGUAAAGUGUGCUUUGAUCGUUCCCUCCUUCGUUUGUGUGUAUGCGUGUCCUUGCAAUGUUUCCCUUUUGUGUCACGACCAACUUAGCCCUCGAUACGCAUACAGACAACAAAUAACAGAUGCUCAGGCAGCAUGGUACUGUUGUUGGUAGGGAUCAUGAUGAUAAGACUGGGCGUGGUGGGCGUUAUACUCGUGUCCAGCGAGCGCGUUAUGACCCACAGUUGGGUCGUAGUACGAAGAUGUGCCAUGUUCUUGUGAAACUGCUUCCGUAGAAGAAGCUGCUUCUUGAGAUGGCGGAGCUGCUGCAGCUUGGUUUGCGGUGUACUGCUGCAUUUCGAUCUGGAAGCGGACCUUGUCUUCCGCGGCCAUGUCUUCGUACUCCUUCUUUUGCACGGGAGUCAACGCUCGCCAACGCUCUCCCAACAGCUUUCCAAGUUCCACAAACUUGAUUCCUGGAAAUUCUUCGUUCACCUUAGGACGCAUGUAGUUCGUAAAAAAGACGUAAGCACCAGAAGCACGUUUUGGCGCAGCAGGAUCCCUGGGACCACGUUUGCUGCGUUUGCGCGGGCGAUGUUCCUCAAUCAAGACACCACGAGCAUCGUGUCCUGGUGGAGGCUGAUACGCAGCGAUUUCAGCAUCGUAUCGAGCCUUGUCUUGGGCUGCCCUCGAUUCCCAGGUGGCUUUUUCAUCAGGAGUUAGAUUCUUGUACAUGUGGGAGGUGUACUUGGCGAGUUGCCCAAAAGUCAUGCCCGGAUUUUCGCGCUUGAAUUGUUCCCGCAUCGCAUUUUGAUAAAGCAAAUAAGCACUC